AAAUUCUGCAGGUUCCGCAUUUUACACAUGUAUAAAUAUCAAUCACCAAAAGACAAACCUCCAUCACAGCCUGCCUGCCUCCCAGAGAUUUCACUCGCAAGCGUUGCAGUCGAACUCCGAGAUGUCAGCUAAACUGAGAGCCAUCCUGCUUGCCAUUGCACUCAGCAUCUAUGAGGUUUCUGCUUUAAGCCUGACGGAACCAAGAUGUAGAUGUCUAAAGGUCACAUCAAAUUACAUCGCUCCUCGGCAUUUUAGCCACAUUGAGAUCAUCCCUAAAAGUGCAUACUGCAGCAAAGCUGAAAUCAUAAUAAUUUCUCGUCAUAAAACUACUAUCUGCCUGGAUCCAGGAGCAAAAUGGGUGAAGAAAUAUGUUUCUGCUAUCAUUAGUCAGGUAGAAGAAAAUGUAACACGAGGAACUGAAUGAAAGUAAGUGACUUCCACACAAGACAUCUUGGAUCCCGCUGAAGAACUUACCAGCAGGACCGUCCAGCUGUGUCUGAGAUCUAUAUCUGCAUAUAUCUGGAUACAAUAAAAAAUAAAGAAAUGCUCAAUUGUUUUACAAGAGAAUUAGAAAUUAUUAAUAUGUAUAUAUUGUAAAAUGAAAUCCAUGCACUAUUAUUGGCUUAAUUGUUCGUUUACCAGAACAGAAAAAGUGAAAGAAAAAGUAUCUUCAUAUUUUUUUGUAAACUACAAAUAAAACAGUAA